AUGAUACUGGAAUGUUUCACGGAGUACUAUCUAUGGAGAUCUGGUUCAACCCACGAAGCUUACUUUACCUACUUGUUUAGUAUAUCUUUGAUGACGGGCCACUACACUAGGCUUGUCUGGGGAAGCUUAGGAGCCACUGGAGCCAUAAGAAAUAGCCAUUUUCGCCUUUUCUGUUUCGAUAUUGCUCUGACUAUUGAGACACUCAAGCACUAUAGGAGUAAUAUGAGGUGCUCACGCAGGUUACUGGUUUACCCCUAUCACUCCUGCCGUGCGCUGUCUGUCACCGCAUUCAACUCUUUAUCGUCUGAUAAUAACUCGACAUAUCUUCCUUUGUAUGAGCCAAUCGAAGGCGUUGAGAGACUUGAAAAUUACUGCCCGGGGGGAUACCAUCCUAUAAAAAUCGGUGAUCGGUUUCGCGCUCGGUACCAGGUGGUUCAUAAGCUUGGUCACGGCUCUUAUUCGACUACGUGGUUGGCAUACGACGAGGAAUCAAAGAAGUACGCUGCAGCCAAGGUCUGCAUAGCAGACUCAAAACUAAAGAAGGAACACGAUGUUCUAUCAACUCUUGCCAAAGCCCAGUUUUCUCCUAUAUACAGCGCAGGCAAGACAAUGAUACCUUCGAUCCUAGAUAGCUUCCACAUCCACGGCCCUAAUGGUGACCAUGUCUGUUAUAUAACUAGUCCAGAAAAAACUAGUCUUUGUGGCGCGAAGGAUGAGUCUUGGAGCCGUCUAUUCCAGCUCGACGUUGCUCGGGCGCUGGCUGCACAGCUGGCAAUUGCUGUGGGGUAUAUACAUACCCGCGGAGUUGUUCAUGGAGAUCUUCAUCUCGGCAAUAUCCUUCUAAAGAGGCCACUCAAGCUAGAUCAUCUCUCGAUUGGAGAGCUCUAUGAGGAGUAUGGAACACCGGAACUAGAACGAGUGGUUCGAUUAGAUGGUACGGCGCUUCCGGAUGGCGUUCCAUCCCAUGGCAUUUUCCCAAUAUGGCUCGGGGAAGCAAGUGACAAGCUUUCACUUGCAGAGGCUAAGAUUCUGCUCACAAACUUUGGUGAAGCCUUUUUGCCCAGAAAAGAAGAUAUCUAUGAAUCUCAUACUCCCUUGGUGCUCCGCCCUCCUGAGGCUCGAUUUGAACCUACCCGCCCACUAUCCUUCCCAUCCGAUAUAUGGACACUUGCUUGCUCUAUCUGGGAAAUAAUUGGUCAGCAGUCUUUAUUUGAAGGCUUCCUUGCUACAGAAGACUACAUGACUCGCGAGCAGGUUGAUACUCUUGGUAUCCUGCCACCCGAAUGGUGGGAGAAAUGGAGUGCGCGACAUGAUAAAUUCCACGAGAAUGGUAUACCCAAAAACCGACAGACCCUACGAACAUGGGCGGACCGGUUCGAGGAUAGCAUACAGGUGCCUAGGGAAAAGCGUGGAAUGCAUGUUAUUGAGCCAGGUGAAUGUGAGGCUAUCUUCUCAAUGCUACGGCCGAUGCUCUCGUUCAGGCCCGAUGAUCGGCCUACUGCUAAGCAGGUUCUCGAGUCCGACUGGAUGGUGAAGUGGGCUCUACCCGAAUACUAUAGAGUGGACGGCAAGUCUAGAUGAUUAUGCUCCGCCUCUGAUUGAUUCUUACUAAAUGUCGUGGUGUGCUUGGGCGGAGGUUCAUAUUUAGUCAUAUAUCCUAAUCUGUCGUGUGGCUCUGAGACUGCAAAGAAGCAGAACCAUCCGAAGCGCUGGCUCGAUGCUACACCAGGAGAAGGAAAGUAUGCUAAAUUAGACUUGGCGUGGCAUCUGCUCAGCACGUGAGUAUCUGAAUCCAAUAAUCAUUUGCGACCUGAACGCAUCCGGUCUUCGGGUCGCAGCGUUACAUUGGAGGGAGGAAAGCAUGAGGAGGUGAAGGACGAAAACAAGGCACGCCAAUAAAAUAUACAGUGCCAUUAAUCACCACUGUACACUAAUGAGUGCUUGAUUUCCUCAGACUCCAGCCAAUUGAAG